CUUUUUCCUUUUAUAAAGAUUUUUUAAUAAUAAAAUAUAUUAUAAAAAUUAUACACACAACAGGGUGUCUGCAAAGAGUUCUAUGUAAAAUUGUAAAAUACAACUUGACAAGCGAUAUCUUUAUAAUAAUAUGAGAAUAAAAGAACGCGCCAAAAAAAUUUGGAUAAGACAGAUUUUGCGAGAAAAUAGAAAGUUCCAAGUUUUAAUGGUGCCCGUUCCCUCCGAGAAAAUCGAAAGAAAGAAAAGGAGAAGCCUGAGACUGCCCAUGGACCACAUUGACCACGAUUUAGCUGAUACGACGCCAUCUCUACAACGCGAACAUACACUACGAUGCCAAUCGGCCAAUUCCUCGGAUCGCCCGACUAUUGGCACACCUGCUGAAAAAUGCGCGCCAAGCGCACGUACACAAGCUUCAAAUCGUUACCGUCCUGAUUUUCGCACGAUUGACUCAUCCCGUUGCACUGUACCGACGAUAAUUUACGCGAACGCAAUGGAGAUGAGCCGCAAAUACCGAAUUGUAGGUGCGAAUACAAGUACAAAUUGACUCACCGUUCGCCGCUGGCCGCUCCGCCCAGGCGCUUCGUCUCGGCCGCAUCUCUCGAAUGUACAUACGUUGAAGAUCCAAAGUCAUCCUCGCGACGAUUCCGUCUUGAUUUACACUUGGCACGACACUUCGCUUUCGAUACUCCUGGCACUCACGCGCAUCGAAAACUCGAUGAAUACGGGGCAACGGAGAAGACGCGAUUGAACGCGCAACGCGACCUUGCGGCAGCUACACACUCGUUGGAGAUAAACACACCCGCGGAAACGCGACCGAAUCAAUUGUCGUACGACGUACAUACAACACCCGCGAUACUGCGUGAGACGCGUUUAUUUCCGAGAAUAAACAAUCGCCGUGUUGUUGUGUCCUUUCGUUCUCACUUGAUUCCGAAAAACCGACGACGUGUCCAAGACAUACGAACGUCGCUAACUUCAUGCCGACGCCGCGCGAAUACGACGCGAGUCGAAUUUGGUCGAAUCAGGAAGCCGAACUGACGCUAGUGACGCUGCCUAUGCCGGAAAUACACUAGCGACACGCUUGUAACGACAACAGCGAGCACGUAAAUCUCGCGAGAUGGAAACGUAAUUAAACGCACGUUGAAACGUUCCGUGCACUCUGUUAUUAAAAUGACGAUAUUAAUGUAAAAAUAAUUUCCAAAAAUUGUUAAAAAUUGCUUGUUUGUAUAUUACAAUCUAAAUUUCUAUAAAGAUAUGAAUUAUACAAAGAGUAAAAAUAUUAAAGAGUUAUAAGAACUAUUAGAUAAAUUUAAUAUAUGUAUAUAAAAAGUUUUCUAUAAUAUAUAAUUUGGAAUUUUAA